CGGCGGCCGCGGCCCCUCCGCGGCGCCCCGCGCCCGCCAUGGGCUCGCUGUUCCGCGGCGAGGCCAUGUGCCUGGCGCAGCUCUUCCUCCAGAGCGGCUCGGCCUACGAGUGCCUCAGCGAGGUGGGCGAGCGCGGCCUGGCCGAGUUCCGCGACCUCAACCCAAAUGUAAGUGUAUUUCAGAGAAAAUUUGUGAAUGAAGUAAAGAAGUGUGAAGAGAUGGAAAGAAUACUUGGAUAUUUAGUACAAGAAAUUAAGAAGGCAGAUAUUCCUCUCCCUGAAGGAGAUGUUGCUCCUCCUGCCCCCUUGCUGAAACACAUUUUAGAAAUCCAGGAACAGUUGCAGAAACUGGAGACAGAAUUGAGAGAAGUAAAUAAAAACAAAGAAAAGUUGAGGAAAAACCUGCUUGAACUGACGGAAUACACAUGUAUGUUGGAAGUCACGCAAACCUUUGUCAGGAGAACAGCUGAGUAUGAAUCCUGUUUACCUGCAAAUUAUGAAGAAUUCCCAUCUGUGGAAAAUGAGCCUUUAGUGGAUUACAACUGUAUGCACAGACUGGGUGCCAAGCUGGGGUUCAUAUCUGGUUUAGUUCACCGAGCAAAAAUUGAAGCAUUUGAAAAAAUGUUGUGGAGAGUCUGUAAAGGAUAUACUAUUCUUACAUGUGCGGAGCUGGAUGAAUGUCUGGAAGACCCAGAUACAGGUGAAACCACAAAAUGGUUUGUGUUUUUAGUGUCCUAUUGGGGUGAACAAAUUGGCCAGAAAGUUAAGAAGAUAUGUGAUUGCUAUCACUGUCAUGUCUAUCCCUAUCCAAAUACAACAGAGGAGCGCACAGCAGUUGUUGAAGGACUAAAUGUUCGUAUUCAGGAUCUUCAUACUGUACUGCAUAAAACUGAGGAUUACUUACGCCAAGUAUUAUGUAAAGCAUCUGAAUCCAUCUAUACAUGGGUUAUCCAAGUGAAGAAGAUGAAAGCCAUUUAUCACGUACUCAACCUGUGCAGUUUUGAUGUCACAAAUAAAUGUUUAAUUGCUGAGGUUUGGUGUCCAGUGGCUGACCUGCAAAACUUGCGCCAUGCACUGGAGGAAGGAUCAAGGAAGAGUGGAGCUACGAUUUCUUCAUUCAUGAACACCAUCCCGACAACACAAACUCCUCCCACUUUGAUACGUACCAACAAAUUCACCUCAGGGUUCCAAAAUAUCGUUGAUGCAUAUGGAGUUGGAAACUAUGGGGAGGUUAAUCCAGCUCUGUAUACCAUCAUCACUUUUCCUUUCCUGUUUGCUGUUAUGUUUGGAGACUUUGGUCAUGGUCUACUAAUGUUCAUCUUUGCACUCCUGACAAUACUGUAUGAAAACCACCCUCGAUUACAAAGAUCACAAGAUGAGAUAAUGAAAACAUUUUUUGAAGGCCGAUACGUUAUUUUGUUGAUGGGUCUGUUUUCUGUAUACACUGGCUUGAUCUACAAUGACUGUUUCUCAAAGUCAUUAAAUAUAUUUGGUUCUGGAUGGAAUGUGUCAGCAAUGUUUGAACAAAAGGUUUGGCGUCUUGAAGAUCUGAAGUCUAACCAAUUUUUAACAUUGGAUCCAAAUGUUACUGGUGUGUACAAUGGAGCUUAUCCCUUUGGUAUUGAUCCGAUCUGGAAUUUGGCAAGCAACCGUCUCAGUUUUCUAAAUUCUUUCAAAAUGAAAAUGUCUGUGAUUUUUGGAGUGACUCACAUGACAUUUGGAGUUGUACUGGGGGUCUUUAACCACUUACAUUUCAAGAAGAAGUAUAAUAUUUACUUGGUUUUUAUUCCUGAACUUCUAUUCAUGAUGUGCAUUUUUGGCUACCUUGUGUUUAUGAUCUUCUUUAAGUGGUUAGCUUACUCUGCAGAGGACUCCACAUCAGCUCCUAGCAUUCUGAUUCAGUUUAUUAACAUGUUCCUAUUUCCUGGGAGUGAAACGGAGGUGUUUUAUACUGGACAGGUUGUUUUACAGAAGUUUUUACUUAGUCUUGCUUUACUUUCUGUUCCUGUAAUGCUUUUUGGAAAACCACUUUAUUUAUAUUGGUUACACAAUGGAGGCCAAGGCAUUGGAAGGUACAGGAGUGGCUACAAGCUGAUUCGAAAAGAAAGUGAAGAAGAACUUUCUCUGCUGAGGUCUAAUGAUGUGGAAGAGGGAAGCAGUCCUUCAGACAGUGGGCACAGGGAUGGGGGUGGAGAGGAGUUUAAUUUUGCAGAUGUUUUUAUGAAUCAAGCAAUUCAUACCAUUGAGUACUGUCUAGGAUGCAUUUCAAAUACAGCCUCAUAUCUGAGACUCUGGGCUCUAAGUCUUGCUCAUGCACAGUUAUCAGAAGUUCUGUGGCAAAUGGUGAUGAGAGUGGGUCUCCGCGUAGAUACAACAUACGGUGUUUUACUGCUAGUCCCUGUUCUAGCAUUUUUUGCUGUGCUAACAAUUUUUAUUCUUUUGGUUAUGGAGGGGCUUUCUGCUUUUCUCCAUGCUGUACGACUUCACUGGGUGGAAUUUCAGAACAAAUUUUACACUGGUGGAGGAUACAAGUUUACACCUUUCUCUUUUAAGCACAUUUCUUUACAUUUUAAUAAAGAUGAUAUGGCAUAGUUCGGUUGCUGUCAGAAACGUUUGGAACUGUCUGCAAAUGAUCAUGUAACUGGAUCUCACCUAUGAAUGGUUUCUCAUAGGACAAAAUCUUUUUCACUGAUUGCCUUAUAAUGCAGCCAAAUAAUUGUGUAAUAUAUACCUCCCAUACAAGUGCAUAACAGAUCUGGAGCAUCUUGUAAAGUAUAUAAAUGUACAUUUUUCUUGAUAAACUAAUAUUGUAAAUUAAUUUUAUUCUUAAAAAAAAAUGUUGUUAUUGCUUCUUCUAAAACCAGCGUAGGCAUUUUCUUGUUGAGAAGAUGUUUGUUUUCUUGAAUUCUUUUAAGUUACCUGAAAGACUUGUCAUCAUAUUAAAUACUCGAUGCAGCUCAUGUAAUUCCAUACUUAUAAGCAAGUAACCAUCUGAUGCCAUUUGGAAGCAGUUGAGCAAUGCAACAAAACCAGUGUAUAUCCUCAGUAUUUAUUCCAGGCAGGUUACUUAGUAUAAACUUGUAUAUAGCAAUGCACAAUGUGCUUUCUUUUGGCCAUAUUUAAAACUGCAUCAAAAAUGUUAACUUUUUAUUCUGAAUUCUGCCUGGAAUUAUUACUUAAUAUUUUAGAAGCUGCAGUGCUAUUCAGUUUUAUGGAAGGAGGCAGGACGGUAAGUGGGGAUUUGGAGUAUUAGCCCUCCUUUUGGGCCCGUAGGGCCGCGUUUUCCGGCGCGCCCCGUUCUGUGAAGCAAGCUGCUGCCCGGUGCCUCUGCGAGUGCGGAAACGCCCCCGGGAAACAGCCUCGGCCUACGGGAGUCCUGGCGAGGUCUCCGAAACCGGAAUCGAACCGUGCGCCGGGAGGUAUGAGCCUGGGCCCCGAUUUUACCAAGUUUCCGCUCCAGGGCUUAAUGUUUGUGUGAGGAAUCGGCUUUAUUUUCUGUGUGGCUGUAAGGACGUACAGUGAUCUCCGUUUCUCUGAUGUUGAACCAAAGGCGUUUUUACUGAAUAGGGUUGGGGAUGGGAUGGGGCCUUUUGUAUGUUUUUUUUUUUUUAUAUAUAUAUAUGUAUAUAUCGAAAUGAUGUUUAACACCUGUGCCCUAACAGCAGCUGCGGUUUCGUACUAAUUGCAAAUAAAAAAAAAUCUCCCCGCGCUCGUUGGAGCGGGCCCCGCC